AGGUAAAACGUUUCGAUGACUCACUCAGUCAUUUCAGUCACUGAUAAAUGCUCUCUCUCCCUCUCUCUCUCCUCUGUCUUUCUACUGAGGAACAGCUAGUAAAGCACUCACAUUUGAUUUUUCUACGCACACAGAGGUCUCAGCUGUGGUGUGUGCUCCGACGUCGUUUAGCUCAUCCUUCGGUUCCGGUUAUUCUGUGUUGAAAUGAGACUGAACAUAGUGGAAUAAAUACAAAUUUCAUGUGAAAAAUGCGGUCCUAGAGUUUGGAAUUGCAGCAAGAUUUCUUUUUGAAAGCUUAAAUGUCAGGAAGCAAAGUGUUGCUAACGUAUAAGCGAAAGCGGCAAUCAAGAACAGAUCCUGUACAGGGACAUGAGUGCCAUAAUUCACUUUUUGUUGCUCCCGAUGAUACUUCUUUAAGCAAACCACCAGACUUGCAAGAUCAUUUGAUUGAUAAGCGUUCAUCAGAACAUUAUAACAGAAAUUUUGCGGUGUACCAUGUAUGUUUUGUGUGCUGUGUCGGGGGUAACCUGAAGCACUGUGGCAAAUGCCUUCAGUCGUAUCAUCUCCAAUGCCUAGAUAAGCCCCAUAAGGAAAAGAAACACAUUGAAGUAUCUGGCACAAGACAAAUACCAAUUAAAACCUUUCCAACAAGUCUUGAUGAGGUUCCCACCCAAAGGGAUCCAUAUGGGAAUAAGUCUAGUGGCAAGAAAGUUGGCUCAUCUUCAAAUGCUAAUGCUGGAGCAUUGGUUGAUGAUAAUAAUGUUGGAGGGAGGUUAGUUUCUCAAUUGGUGAUGAAUUCCGCUGUAAUUACUGCUGAUUUUGUCAGACAAAAAUCAUCAUCAUCAGCAGCAGCAUUUGAAAGAAAAAGCAGCUCUGAAUGUGAUGGUAGCUCGUCAAGAUUGAAUAUAUCAAACUUAGAAGACACUGAUUCAUUCUCUAGAAAUAAGUUAGAUGAAUUAGGUGGUGAUUCAGCUGCGCAAAACAAGUUGACCACCCCAUUGAUUACUUUCUGCCGAAGGAAUAAAAGAAAAAAGGAUAUGGAUGAGUCUAAUAUACAAAGGAAAUCACUGCCUAUGGAAAAUAGCUGCUCAUUGAUAACCAAAUUGAAUAAUUCUGUUUGUACUAAUACCAGUUCUUAUGAAGAAACAUCCCCUGAAAACUGCUCAGUAGAUCAUGAAGCAGAUUUGAAGCACUCCAGAGAGAUCAUUGAUUUUACAUAUGCUCAUGCUGGAUCUGCUGCCGCUGGAACUAAAAUUUUGAUGCAUGAAGAAGAACAACUGCAUGAUGAGGAAAAGACAGGCAGUGAUGCCUUACAACAGGCUGGAAAAGUACUUGGCCAGAGUGCUCAAAGUGCAAUGGAUGUUGAAGUUCUUUGCAUGGAUCAUUUAAGAAAAAGUAGUGAUACUAGAGACUCCUCUUCUGAAGCUGUAACUCUAUGUAAACCAGGAAAAACCCAUGCAUUGAUAAGAGAUGAAGCUCAAGUUUUAUCAAAUGAUGAUCUUAAAGCAACAGAAACCCCUCAUUUAGGCAGAUCACUUCCUUAUUUGGACUUGUUUGUUAUACCCACUGAAUUCUUACUAGCAGAUUCAUGUGGCACUGUGGAAUGCAAUGUUGACUUAAACUUGAGUUCUCAGAAGCAACCUGACCUGUUUGCGCCAAAAACUAUGUGGGACUCCUUGGAUUCUACUAGCAGAAAUAAUGCCACUGUAUUGCAGGAACUGUCUCCUCCAGAAAUGUCAGCUGCGAGAAUUGAAAGAGUAGAAACUCAUGCUUCAAGGUUACACAAAGAUGCAUUUGAAUUUUUAGAAGUUGGUGACAGCUGCAAAGAUGAUGAUAAAGUUAGUCCUCUAUUUUCCAAGGAAAUUACACCAAAAAACCAAUGUCUGCAGCUAUUUUCAGAAGAAAAAACCAGUGAAAAUUUUCACCCAGUGACAAAACAGCCUGUGGCGGCAGCUUCUAUAGCUUCAGAACAAAGAAAAAUUCUUCUGUUGGGAGGCAAAAAUAAUCAACCAGAACAAGAAUCUCCUCUGUUACUAGGUCUAUCCUUACCAGAAAACCCUUUAACUGCAGGAUGUGCAACCAAUACCUACUUCAGUGCGUUUCCCUUCUUGAACUCUGUCAUUGAAACCAGAGAAUUUAUCCGAGAUGCAGCACUCCAAUCUUCCUCGAGCCAUUUAUCAUCAGUAUUGAGACACAAGCAUAUGCAAGAUAGCAUUGCAAGCCGAGCAAGAGCUUUCAAUGAAAGGAGUAGUUUUCAUGACAAAUAUAAGCCAUAUAGUACCAUGUGGUCUGAAGAGGAGUUGGAUUUUCUAUGGAUAGGUGUGAGGAGACAUGGAAGGGACAAUUGGGAUGCUAUGUUAAGGGAUCCAAGAUUGCACUUCUCAUCAUGGAGAGUGGCAUGGGACUUAGCUGAGCGGUGGGAAGAGGAACAGUCAAAACUUUUGAGUGGCAUAUGUGUUCCUCAAUUCAAGUACUCGAUAGCACAAGGCAGUUCUUUGGACUACCACUACUUCUUGGGUCCAAAAACAGGAAUCUGGAAAGAAAAUACAGCAGAUGAACCUGGACUUUCAUUUGGCAAUGUUGAUGCUUGUAGAGGAGGUAAUGCCUGGAGGAGGCCACUAUUCCAGCCGGCUUAUACUUGCAAUAAUGGCAAUGAACACCUCCAGAGGCCUAUUAGUUACACAAAGAGGACAUCUCAUUUUGGUUUCCGAAGGGCGAAGUAUGACGAGGAUGAAUUUAGUAUUUUAAGUAGAAGUAGGAGUAUGGCAAAGGGCAAUUUACUAUCAACUAAUGGCCCCACAACCUGCGUUGGAGCAAAGGGAAACUUGCCCCACUGGCUCAGAGAAGCUGUUGUUGCUCCCCCAGUGAGCCUGACAGAGCCAACUCCGCCGUCAACUGUUUCAUUGAUUGCUCAUCCAGACAUGUUGAAUGUCACCCAUCCUGAUUUUGAUUGUCAGGAAUCACAUUUUGUACCUAGGAAUGAAACGCGGUUUACAAUGGGUGUUUUCAGAGAAAACAACCUACAUCCAUUAAGUACUAGUCCUCUUUCCAAUUACCCAUCAGGAAUAGGACUUGGAGGACUCAGGAUGGCUAAUCUGAGAAGGGAUUAUUCUCGUCAUGGGGGUAAGCAAGAAGACUUGAUUGUUAUAGACAGCGAUGCUUCUUCUGAAGAGACUAUAUCUGAUGAUCGUAGUGCUAGGGUGUAGCUUCAAGGUAGCCUGGCUGGGGGGUGAAACUCUGUUUGUUUAUAGGGGAAGUAUAGAAAGGUGUGUGCAGAGUUUGUUAGUCAGGCAAUUUGUAAAUGCAAGGAAUGUAUGGAACUUGUCAUUGAAUGUUCUAUGCUUAUAAGAGAAUCUUUCUCAGAUACGUGCUGUCUGGGCUAAACCCGGCCACAAAUAUUUUAUUUUGUGGCGGAUCC